UCUCACAGUUCAUUAACUGAGCCAAAUCAGGAAAUGCCUUUUGAGACAACAAGCCCUGGUUCAAUGCGAUGCGUUCUUGUGAUGCUAGUCGCUCGAGCGUGUUGAAUAAACAUCGAGAGACUUGAAGAGUCGCUUUAGAAAAAGUCGAGUGGAUGAUUUGAUUCAGCAGGAUGAAAACCUAGAUUGGUAAAGUUACUUGAACGCUGAAGGUUUGUAGGUGAGAGACAUCACAAACCUUCAAUCAUGGCAACAUCCAAAACCAAAAGAGACGAGGAGUUCACUUUCGUCAGUCCAGUGGUGAAAUAUUUACUUUUCCUCUUUAACAUGUUAUUUUGGGUAAUUGCACUGGUCCUGAUAUCUAUUGGAGUUUAUUCCAGGAUGAUUAAACACGGAGAGACAUUGCUGGCCUAUCUGACUGUAGAUCCUGCUCUGUUACUGAUGAUAGUGGGCGUUCUCAUGUUCUUCAUCACGUUCUGUGGCUGUGUGGGUUCUCUGAGGGAGAACAUAUGCUUACUGCAAACGUUUUGCAUCAUCUUGACUAUCAUCUUUCUGCUCCAGCUAGUGGCUGGUGUUAUGGGUUUUGUCUUCUCAGACAAGGCACGCGGCAAAGUUACAGAGAUGGUUGACAAUGGCAUCAAGCAUUACAGGGAUGAUUUAGACCUACAGAACCUCAUCGACUAUGGACAAAAACAGUUUAACUGCUGCGGGGGGAUCUCUUACAUGGAUUGGGGUCAGAACUUAUACUUCAAUUGUUCACAAGAGAACCCGAGCAGAGAGCGCUGUUCUGUCCCCUUCUCCUGCUGCCUGAUCUCCAAAGAGGAGAGUGUUAUAAAUACCAUGUGUGGUCAUGAGAUGCAGAAUAAGAAAUAUGUUGACGCUGGUGCCGUCAUCCAUACCAAUGGCUGUAUUGAUAAUGUGGUGAACUGGAUCCACAGUAACCUGUUUCUGUUGGGAGGCAUCGCACUGGGCCUGGCCAUCCCACAGCUGGUUGGGAUCCUCCUCUCGCAGAUCCUUAUCAAUCAAAUUAAAGAUCAAAUUAAACUGCAGAUUUACAACCAAAAACAUCGCUCAGACCCCUGGACCUGAAACUGGCAAGAAUAUAUAUGCGUUUCUAUAGAAAAGUCAUUGCUGCCUAAAGUGGCUGACAUGGACUGGCUUUUGAAUAAGAAAAACUGGCAGUUUUCAGUUUAAGCACACUGAAGAUCAAUAGGUCAAUAAAACUAUUUUGGGAUAUUUUAAUAGUGUCACAGAAAAUUUUCAGUAUGGACAUUUUUAGAAACAAACUUUGUUUUGGCAGAUAUCGUGAACAUCUGAGGUUAAAUAUACAAUAUCUAUAUCUAUAAUUUACUAAAUUAAACUUUAAUUUUCUGUUUUGUAUUAAUAUGUUUAUUGACGGUAUUCUAAUAAUUAUUAUUAUAUUAUAAUUAAUAAAUAUUUAUAUUUUAUUUGAACAAACUGAAUUAUUAUUAUUAUUAUUCACAAUAAUCCAAAUAUACAAAAGCACGCAAUUGAUUCCACAUUUCAUUAGCUGGUGUUGCACAUGGAUGCUGAGGGAUUUUAUUGGUGGUCAGUUUUAGUAUUAACACAUGUUACAAAGACGCAUUCAUAGACAUGGUAGGAAAUGCAUACCAGGUGCAAAGCACUCAGCAAAAACCAAGAGCACAGCGUACUGAGAACAGCCGGUAUUUCAUGAGGCUUUUAUCCAAAACUCAUUUGGAAAUCCAAACAGACAGUGUGGCAGACACCUUCAGUUUGUUAAUGUUGUUUGAAUGCCAGUGGGGGGAAACAUGAAAUGUGAAAACACGGCAGAGGUAUUUUAUGUCAGUGUAUAGGAGGAAAGCAAUAAACUGUGUGUGUAGAGAAAGAGAGGGAGGUAGACAUUUCGGGCCAGGCUCUCCCAUUUGGAGCUUGAGUGUGUGUUUGUGUGUGGUCCCCGGUCCGUGCCUCUCUCUGACUCAUUCUAGCAGCCAUGUUAGACUGGCUUUUUUAAGGAGGCCCUGUGCUGGGAACAUGCAGCAUAGCUUACCAACCACAUCCACACCAACAAGUGCUGCUGUCUAAAUCUGAUACACCAAGUUUAUUCUCCUCCCUUGAGAAUUCCGUUUAGUUUCCAUCGCAACGGCCAAAUUGGAACCAUGGGAAUAAGAUUGAAGAAAUUACGAUUUGAAACGAUUAAAUGAGAUGAUCUCAGUCAUGAAUCACAAUCACUAUUAAUAAAGUGUCCUAAAUGUACAUCACCAACAUAAAA